AUGUUAUUAAAGAGCAAAUAUACAUUUUGGGUGUCAACUCAGAGAACACAGACCAAGAUUGACAAGGAUAAUUACAAUGACAAUCUGUACAAAGUGUGCAACUUUGAAACAGCAGAAUCGUUCUGGAUGUACUAUCAAUGGAUAGCAAAGCCUUCAACCAUCCCAGAAGGGUGCCAAAUACUGUUAUUUUAGGAGGAAAUCCAACCAAUGUGGGAGGACAAGGCCAAUCAAAAUGGGGGAAGAUUUGUCUUCAGAUGCAAAAAUAAUGUUGAUCGAGUCUGGGAAAACAUCCUCUUGAGUUAUAUAGGUAAUCAAUGCACUUGCAAUGAAUUCAUUUGCGGAGUGGUCGUCAAUUAAAAAAGGUCAUUUACUCAGGUUUCAAUUUGGGUGAAGGACAUGACCUCGCAUUAGAACUAGGAAGAUAAAAUCACACAAUGGGUAAAAGAAAUGUUCGGAAUCAAUGAAUUAGAAUUUGUAUAGCAUCCAAAGAGUUGA